AUCUAUGAUGUGUAUAUAUAUAUAUCUAGAUAUCUACUUUAUCUAUUCAUAUCUUUCAAUUUCAAGGCAUGGAAUUUAAUUUCGUUAAACUGGGAAAUGUAUUUAAAUAUUAUGUUUUAUUUGAUGUUGAGAUCGUUGAAGUCACGAAACUAAAAAAUCACCAAUACGUCUAAUAUCAAUAUAGGAUAGGUAUAUGUGAUACCAUUCAGAUUCUCGUACAGAAGAUAAGAGACUGACGGGACCACAUUUAACACUAUUCGUUCAAUUUGUCUCGAUUAUUUAUCAAUUAUAUACAGAAAUAAUUUGUUAUUUAUCAACAGUCGUUACUACAACGUGACUCGAUCUCAUUUUUUUAUACAAUACGCGAUACUGCCAAAAAUCUUCGAUCCUGUUCACUUCGAUAAUCGCUUUAAGUUAUAAAGUUAAUCGAUUAAAAAGUGCAUGCUUGAUUAUCUCCUUUUUCCUUCCACUUACGAAUGAGCUCAACCAAUUCCAAUUACGCACAAAAGCGUCCCUCGACGCUGUAAUUAAUCGUCCUACAUAAACGAGUACGUCGAGUAUAACUCAUUAGCGCACCUUUUUCUAAUCUUGGCACGACAACUUUACAAGCUGUAUAACAGUUUCUUAUUCUAUAAUUAUUAGAUUAAACUUAUUAUAUAAACCGUUUCGUAUAUUGUAUUCUCGAGAAAGAUAUGAGAAUCGGAUCAAUGAAAUUGACGAUGUAUCGUAUAUUUUAUCGAACAAAGGACACUGUACUUGAUUUUCAAUUCGAACAUUUAUUACGUGUUUGCGUGUUUUUCUAAUAUACACUUUAAUACAAUUUUGCGAUUGUUUAUGAAUUUUCGAUCGAUAUCUUGCCAAACGCAAGUCGAUGUACGUAAUCGUUAUUAAGUUAUUAAGAUAUGCAAGCAAGAAUUUCACGAUUAUUGUUAAUCUGUUAGAUGGUAAAACGGAAGAUAUACGCGUAUAUGCGUAUGAGAGAAAAUGGUUUGUUGGCCGAUUGCCAUUGAGAAGCUAAAAGAGUAUAUUCGAGGAUAUAGAAUGAUGAAGCAGGCAGCCGAUGGUACGAAACGCGAAAAAUCAAAAUUCAAGAAAAAAUAUUGAAUUUUAAUCCGUAUUUACAGAUAAACGCCGUUUUCCUUAAGUAAUUACUUACCGAUUAUUCUCUUUCUCUCAAGUUGUAUACUUGAAAUCAUGAUAUCGGUGAAAAAUGAAACGCACGAAUCAAUGUCACUGUCGAUGUUGUUAAAAGUAAGAAGGCAUGUCUAUUACCGCGAAACAGAUUUAUCCGACGGAAGCUGUGCGCGCCAGAGUUGCAGUUAUUUUCGCAGCAUGAGUGCAGUGGAGAGCAGAAAUCGACUUGACGUACCAUCGCGUUUUUAAAUUUUCGAUUACAAGUUUUUGAUUAUAACAGCGGUCCAAAAAACAACAGUGUACGUGCCAAUAACGAGAUUCGUUAGAUAAGAUGAUGAUGUACAAGCAAGCCGAGUUCGAGGACGAAGAUAGCAGUAGCAUCGGUUCCGUGGCUUUGAACAGCGAGGGCAUUAGCACAUCGGCCACGCAUAUACGAUACAAUUCGGGGAUCUCGCUGUGGAGAGCGAGAAGCGCUCUCGAGAGAUGUCUUUUCAUCAUUUGCGCGGGCCUCCUGUUGAUGGUGAUGAUGCUCUCUAUAGUGAUCAGCAGCAAGAACGGUUGGGACGAAGCACAGAUACUUCACGUUACUUCCCAUGGAGAAAAUGGUACACAUUGUUUAACCGAGCACUGCAUCACGAUAGCCGCUUCCAUUAUAAACAGCAUAGAUCGUUCGGUCGAUCCAUGCGACGAUUUUUACGAAUACGCGUGCGGCGGUUGGAUCAAGAAGAAUCCUAUACCGGAUGGGAACAGCAUGUGGGGAACGUUCGACAAGUUCGAGCAAGAAAAUCAGCUAAUUGUGAAAAAUGUCCUUGAGAAACCAUUGGUCGAGAUGAAAUCAAAGGCCGAGAAAAAAGCAAAGUAUUAUUUUCUCUCGUGUAUGGACGCGAACGAUACGAUCGAAACGCUCGGCGCGAAACCGAUGUUGGACUUGUUGGAUACUAUCGGUGGAUGGAACGUUUCUGGCAAAUUCAAUAUAAGCGAAUGGUCUUUGCAGAACAGUAUGCAUAUUCUGCAAAAUGUUUACAACAUGGAUGGUUUAUUUACAUGGGCGGUAAACGAAGAUGAUCGAAAUAGUAGCAGACACAUUAUACAAAUCGAUCAGGGAGGUUUAACGCUGCCAACCGUUGACGAUUAUCUCAACAUCACCGAACACGGUAAAGUGUUGGCUGCUUAUUUGGAAUACAUGACAAAGAUAGGCGAGCUGUUAGGCGGAGAGAAGAACUCGACGAAGAAACAGAUGCAGGAUGUGAUACAGUUCGAAACGAAAUUAGCGCGGAUCAUGACGUUACCCGAGAAUCGUCGGGAUAAAGAAAAGCUUUACAAUUUGAUGUCGUUGAACGAACUUCAACGUAAAGCUCCUUUCAUGUCGUGGGUAGACUAUUUUAAAAAUGCGACGCGCAUCAUUAACAAGAAGAUCAACGACAAGAUGAUGAUCGUGAACUUUGCCCCGGAAUAUUUUGUCAAAUUGUCCGACCUGGUAUUAGACUACAACAAAACGAACGAAGGAAAAGUGAUACUGAAUAAUUAUCUGGUUUGGCAAACGGUGAAAUCUCUAACCACCUGCCUGUCGAAACCGUUUCGCGACGCUUACAAGGGCCUGAGGAAAGCUUUGAUCGGUUUGGAAGGCCAGGAGCAGCAAUGGCGUUAUUGCGUCAGCGAUACGCAUAACGCGAUGGGUUUUGCGAUCGGUGCCAUGUUCGUUAGAGAAGUUUUCCAUGGAAAGAGCAAACCCAUGGCGGAGAAGAUGAUCGACCAAAUACGGAAAGCUUUCACCAAGAAUUUGAAGAAUCUGGAUUGGAUGGAUCCGAAAACGAGACGGGCAGCCGAGGAGAAAGCGAACGCGAUUACCGACAUGGUCGGUUUCCCCAAUUUUAUCUUGAACCCGAACGAGCUCGACGAACGUUACAAGGAUCUGACGAUCAACCAAAACGAGUAUUUUCAAAAUAACAUACGGGUGAACAAGUAUAAUUUACGAAAGAAUUUAGAAAAGUUGGAUCAACCUGUGAACAAGACUACGUGGAUCAUGACACCGCCAACGGUGAACGCUUAUUACUGGCCAACGAAAAAUCAAAUGGUUUUUCCCGCUGGUAUCCUUCAGAGCCCGUUCUACGAUAUGGAAAAUCCAAACAGUUUGAAUUACGGUGGUAUAGGAGUCGUGAUGGGACACGAAUUGACUCACGCGUUCGACGAUCAGGGAAGAGAGUACGAUUUGCACGGAAACUUGAAUCAUUGGUGGAACAAUGCCACGAUAGAGAGAUUCAAAAAUAGAACGGAGUGCUUCGUCGAGCAGUACAGUAAUUUCGAGAUAAAUGGCCGACAUGUGAACGGAUUGCAGACAUUGGGGGAAAAUAUCGCGGAUAACGGUGGUCUCAAAGCAGCGUAUCACGCGUAUCUCUCGAUCCCAAAAAGCUACAAAGAUCAGCUACCCUUGCCAGGUCUUAAUUUGACGCAUCGACAAUUGUUCUUUCUGAAUUUUGCUCAGGUUUGGUGUUCCGCCAUAAUGUCCGAGGCGGUAGCCCUUCAAAUCGAGAAAGACGCUCAUUGUCCAUCGAAAUUCAGAGUGAUAGGAUCACUCUCGAAUCUACCAGAAUUCGCUACGGAAUUCAAUUGUCCCGAAGGCUCGCGGAUGAAUCCGGUUCACAAGUGCGAAGUGUGGUAAUGCAUCUCGUUUUCCUAGAAAAUCCUUUGUCCGAUGAUUGUCGAUGCAAAAAAUUUCGCAUCGUUUCGAUCCAAUAUUGUCGGUGUAAUAUACGGUAUAAUGUACGGUAUAUAUAUACGCGAACGUUGUCAAAACUCAAACAAGCAAACAAACAAGUAAGAAAAAAAAAAAAAUAAAAAAAAAAAAAAUAUGCUUCCGCUUCUAUCUUUAGAGCUAGGCGGCUCUUCCUUCGACGUUUCGAUUUUUAUUCGGUUACGAGAUAAAUACGUUUCGCGACGACAAAAUCAUACUCGGUUCGCGCUUUAUCAUUUCACCUCCUAUCACCGUUCCUCCACGUGGGAAUUGGAUUCGUAAACAUAGUAUUCCACGAAUAAAAGAAACGUCGAAAAAAAUCGUAGAAGCGACGAAUGCAACGAAUCCAGUUUGCGACAACGUGAUUUUAUCCGGUUUCAAACGUUAAAUUCAAUUAACGUCCAUUUCGCCAAUUCGCGUUGGGUGAUUUAUUCGAAAUUCUAGCGAAUAAAUCGAACACCGAACAUUCAAGAUCUCGCGGCUUAAUGCGCGUUUGAUGUAUCGGUUUAAACUGUGUAUUCGACAAAAUCAGCUUCGAAGCUGGAUUAGAAAGAUACUAGGACCAUAUACGGUUAUAUACGAAUCGUUCAAUUUCCUCGUACGACGUUGCGUCGCGCCAAUGUUUUUCACUAACUAAAUAAAUUCACUAUGGUUCAUCGCGAUCACUGGAAAUAUUUGAAAUCCAUUGAAUCGACCGACCGACCGACCGACCGACCGACUAACCGACCGACCGAUCGACCGACAGACCGAUCGACCGAUCGAACAAUCGACCAACUGACCGACUUUAUACUUUGUAUACCAUAAGCGAUCGUGUUUCUGCGCGAUAACUGAUUUUUCACUUUUAUACUUAUACUUGAAAUCAUGUAUUGAUUAUCCGUUCGAAACUAUUCUAUUACGCGUUACAAUUUUAACAUUGCACGUAAAUUUAUAGCAAUAAGUUUACAAUACUAUAUAUUUACUUGAAACUUGACGCGUAUAAAGACGUACCGUUUUGAAAUUCUGUCUUUGAUUAAUCUCUCCUUGGCAGAGCACAUAUCUAUUAUCUGCAUAUCUAUCCGUUUAUCGACACGAUGCGUUAUUAACUAAACUAAGAAAAAAAGGGAAAUUAGGGAAAUUAGGAGAACGACAAUUUUUAAAAUACGAGAAAAGAAAGGAAAGAAGAUAAAGGAAAUAAAAAUGAAUGAAAAAAAACGUAAAAAGAAGGAGAAAAAGAAAAUAGAAUGAUUAAUUCACUCGGUUAAAAUUCUUUAUCCGUUUCUCUCACUCGUAAUGGAGAAGUAAUUUUCACGGAUCUCGAUGAGCCAUGGCGAUCACAAACAGCGUAUUGCUGUAAUUUCUGCAGGCAGGAAGUUAAGAUCUUAGCAUUAAGCUUAAGAAAUUAAAUUUUCUAAAAAAAACAAAAAAAUACUACGUGCUAUAUAUAUGAUGGAAUCAAUAUUCGUUGAGCAAUAUUCGAAGAAUCGCUAUGAACGUUCGAACAUAUUCAUAUACAUAUACAAAUAUAUAUUUCAAAUGUAUAUGUUAACGCGUGUAUGAAUUUUAUCGAGUAAAGACGAAAAAACGAGAAAUAGAAUUUCGAUUGUUCCAAUCACGAGGAUUAGGAGAAAGAAUAAAUAAACGAUGAUCCACUUCUAUCGUACUUUUGUCGAUGUUAUCGUAAGAAACGUACGUUUGACGCAAUUAAUUAGAUAUUCUUAACUUUUAUUUUUCUUCCUUCGUUUCGACCAUCGUUGGUCAUUCGAACGUUCAUAGUUGAAGAAUGAAAAUGAAGAAACGAUUUGUCAAAAAAUUACCCGCAUUUCAUGCUCAAUUAAUUUUUCUUUAUCUCGAUUCGACGACGAAUAAAAAAUACAAAUUGACGACGGCCUCUUGUUGUCUUUUUAUAAAAUACAUAUUUUAUAAAAGAAUGCAACAAAGUUCGACGAACAAGUGUUGUGCGUCGAAUGAGAAGAAUUCUUAGAAGUAUUACGUAAUAUUCGAAAACAUAUAUUUCUUAACGACGCACAUGUAAAUCAAAAAAAAAAAAAAAAAAAACAAAUGAAAUAACGAGAAUUUUAUUAGCAAUUAAAG